GUAUGUUCUUAAGUUCACUGUAUAUUUAGAAUCAAAACAAAAAUUAGCAUAUGGAUGUCUGUUUUAGUGUUGGAUGAAGCGGUGUAAUAUAACUAAUAUACAAUAAGUGAUAAAUGACUUCACUACUAGUUAAGUUUCUCAUCUUCUCAGCCAUACUUCCAUUGCUGUCGUUCGCGAAAAAUGGAAGUAAAAGCCAGCCAAAUUCCUGCUUUUGCAAGCUACAUGGCGAGGUAGAUGACUGCUCCUGUAAGGUGGAGAAUUUGGACUCACUGAACAACAAAAAGAUCUACCCCAUCCUAAAAAGCCUACUACAGCGGGACUACUUUAGGUAUUUUAAGGUGAAUUUACUGAAGCCUUGUCCAUUCUGGUCUGAUGACAGCCGGUGUGCUCUAAAAGACUGCCAUGUCCAAUCCUGUUCUGAGGAUCAGGUGCCAGAAGGAUUAAAGGAAAAUGGAAACCCAAAGGAAAUCAAUAAGUACUCAGAAGAAGCUCAAAAAGAUCCAGAAAACUGUGACCAGGAGAGAGAACUCAGUGCUUUAGAUAGGACCAUUAGUGCUGAAAGGAUGGAGGCCUUUAAGAAUUGGACUCGUCAUGACGACAAGCAAGAGACCUUUUGUGAAAUAGAUGAUGAUAAUACCCCUGACUGUCAGUAUGUAGACCUCCUGUUAAAUCCUGAGCGGUACACUGGCUAUAAAGGAGCUUCCCCUCACAGGAUCUGGAACAGUAUAUACGAGGAGAACUGCUUCAAGCCAGAGGGAGCUGUGUACGGGUCAAAGAAGACGCUAGCAGGCUCUUUGGAAGGUCUAUGUCUGGAGCAGCGAGCUUUCUAUAGACUUAUCUCAGGACUUCACACCAGCAUCAACCUUCAUCUCUGUAACGAGUACCUCUAUCCUUCAAAAAAUUUAUUGUCAGCACCAGAGUUCAAACCAAAUACUGAGGAGUUUAUUAAGCGAUUUGACCCUAAAGCAACUAAAGGUCAAGGACCACAACGUCUGAAAAACCUGUAUUUCACCUAUCUCGUAGAACUGCGAGCCCUGGCCAAGGCUGCACCAUAUUUAGAAGAGGAAGAUUUUUUUACGGGCAAUCCAGCCGAGGAGACUGACGUUAAGGAAGGAAUCAAAGACUUACUUAAAGUCAUCAAGUCAUUUCCAGACCAUUUUGAUGAAAGCAACCUUUUCAAAGGAGAUCCAAAGGUGGCAAAGAAACUUAAGACUGAAUUCCGAGAGCAUUUUAGAAAUAUUUCCCGUAUCAUGGACUGUGUUGGAUGUGACAAGUGUAAGCUGUGGGGAAAAUUACAGGUACAAGGUAUGGGGACAGCUCUGAAGAUUCUUUUCUCUGGAGAUAGUAUUGGAUUGCAGUCUACAGUUAAUGCCAAUCACAAACAAAAGUUCCAGCUCAGGAGAUCAGAAAUCGUUUCUCUGGUCAAUGCUUUUGGAAGACUGUCCAGUAGUAUCCACACUAUAGAAAAAUUCCGUAAGUUGACAAGCUGACCAAUGGAGGACAUUGCUGCAUGCCCAGGGUAACUCUGGAAUCUCCUGAUGCCUGAUAUUAACAGUCUACAACAAUGGAUCUCAUUCACUGCAUAGGAGCUAUCACUGUAAAGCUGGAGAUGUUGGCAAGAUUAUUUAUUCUGUUCAAUAUUUGGAAGCUUAUUCAACUGUUUCCAAUCUAGGUUCUAGCUCUUGUAGAGUG